UGAGUGUGUGUGUCACAGUGAAGGCGCGCGCGAUAAGCACUCGAUGAGUGCCGCGCGCUGCACCGCUCGCGGCGUCGCGCGACUUUCCGGGUUCCUCGUCCGCGCGCCAAAGGCGCGACGGAGCGCAGAGCAAACUUGAGGAAAAACACGAAUUGAUCGCGCCGAAGCCACAGAGCGACGAUCACAGUCGACAGAAGUGUCUGAAAGUGCGAAAAAGUUACCCUUCGGAAGCACGUCAGCCUGUGUUUAUUGUUGUUUUAAUUCGGUUAGCCAACGCACUCUCAGCCUGGAAAAAAUAUUAAAAAAGAAACAAACUACCUUGUUUCCCGUCGAAUUGACAGAGAGAAAUGACUGGUUGAGAAGUCGAGACUUCGACGGAGCUUGAGAAGAGAUACGUGUGAUAAAUGCACGAACGAUGGCAGUUAAGGCUCAAGUUUUGUAUGAUUUUACGGCCGAGCCUGGAAACGGUGAGCUUACGGUAAAAGAGGGAGAGACAAUCACCAUCACCAACCAGAGUAUAGGUGGGGGGUGGAUAGAAGCACGCAAUUCACAUGGGGAAACAGGACUAGUUCCAGAAGAGUAUGUUGAGAUCAGCAGUAGAAAUGGAGGUGGUGGCAGUUUCACAUCUUCAGGACAGGCAUUCAAUCCUUUUGCAGUUGCAACGGCUAGCAGUGCCACCAGCAAUCAGACAAGCAAUGGCAAUGACCCUUGGACCGCUUGGAACUCUGACACCUCAAAAAACUUGGCCUCCGUGAGAAACAGCUGGAUGUCCACAGACCAGGAACACCCCCAGGCCUAUCAGGGGCCAGCGGCAAUGGAUGAUGAUGAGUGGGAUGACGAGUGGGAUGACACCCGGUCAUCAGCGUGUUAUGCUGAGGUGGACCUGGAGGCAGCAGAGGAAGGGGCUACGAAUAGGACAGAGGUACAAGGGCCCACAAGGAAAAUAACACUCAACAAAUUCCCUGGUUUCUCCAAGUCUGGUCCAGAGCUUUACCUUCUUGCGAAGAUGCUACCGAAAGGGAAAGAGAAAAUAUCAGUCUAUAUGGGAGAAGUUGGUCCAGUCUGGUUGUAUCCUGAGGUGCAAAUGGAGUGCCUUGUAGCAGAUCCAAAGAAGGGUUCAAAAAUGUAUGGCCUCAAGAGCUAUAUUGAAUACCAAGUCACACCCAGUACAACAAACAGACCUGUCAAUCACCGUUACAAGCACUUUGAUUGGCUGUAUGAGAGGCUUCUAGAGAAGUAUGGGUCAGCCAUUCCCAUCCCCUCAUUACCCGACAAACAGGUCACAGGACGUUUCGAUGAGGAUUUCAUCAAACUACGUAUGGAGCGUCUCCAGAGCUGGAUGUCACGCAUGUGCAGACAUCCCAUUGUGUCUAACAGUGAAGUUCUCCAGCUGUUUCUCAAUCACCAGGAUGAGAAGGACUGGAAAUUGGGCAAGAGGAAAGCAGAGAAAGACGAGACUGUAGGAGUGAUGAUCUUUUCCCAGAUAGAGGCUGAGGCGCCAGAACUUGGACUGGAUGAAGUAGAGAGGAAAUGCGAAUCAUUCAGCCGAUUUACGAAAGCCAUGGAUGACAAGGUGAAAGACCUGCUGGCUGUGGGGCAUGACCACUGGAAAAGGUGCACAGGACCUUUGCCAAAACAAUACCAAAAGAUUGCAAAAGCUUUUCAGAAUUUGUCUACAGUUUUCAGCAGCAGUGGAUAUCAAGGGGAAUCCACUCUCACAGAUGCUUUAACUGCAACGGGGAAAACCUAUGAAGAAAUAGCAACCAUAAUAUCAGAGCAGCCAAAGAAAGAUUUGCAUUUCCUUGUGGAGACAAACCUUGAAUACAAGGGGAUCCUGGGCUGCUUUCCAGAGACAAUUACUGUCCAUAAGGCAGCAAUCGAUAAGCUAAAGGAUGCAGAUAAGCUGGUGGCCACCAACAAGAUCAGCCCACAUGAUAAGCCAGUCAUGGCGAAACGUGUCAGCAACAUGUCAUAUGCGCUACAAGCCGAGAUGAACCACUUCCAUAGCAACCGUAUCCACGACUACAACAGAGUCAUGCAGUUCUACCUGGAGGAGCAGGUGAAACUUUACGAAACGAUUGCUGGGAAACUCAGGGCGGCUCUCCAGCAGUACACAACGCUUUAAACACUAAGGACAUUCCACAUCUGACUAAAUCUGUUCUCGGAAGAAAAAAAUACUGUCUGCUGUGCCUACUCUUGAGGGUGUGCAGUUCACCUAAUUAGUACACUUGACUCUGGGGAGAUUGCACACAGAUGAAAUGGACAGGAAGCUUGAUGCCAAGCACACGUUCAAGCACAGAGGUCGCAAAGGUCACAGGUUUAAAAAAUUAACCACAGACUGUUCUUGUAGCUGCUCUUGGGUUUCCCUUGUUUGUAACCUGGAACUGGGUACUGGAAACAGUGGCCUUAUGCUGUUUUCAGAACCAUGAAGCUACUGUGUCACAAAACUGUGUGUUUUCUUUGCAUUUGCUCAACAGUUUCCAAGAUUUACUGGUUAAUUGUAAUACUUAAAGGAAGAGGAAUACCCUUUACUACUCUUUACAAAUUACUGUUGGGAAUGUUAUGAAAAUACAGUAUAUAUUUUAUUUAAGAAUAUGACAAAAAUUGAGUAAUAUAUGAAUGUGUUUGGAGCGAUUGUAUUUGAGAGUAUAUUAUUGUUGAUAUAUUGCUUUAAAAAUUGCAUGUUUAUAUUAGCUUCAGCAAGCAGAGUGACAGCUAACCGUAAGAACCAGCCGAUGACGCACCGGAGACUUGUACCUCUUGUGCCAUCAGUUCUUUACCACAUAAACACUAAUGGUGGGGUCCAUCUUGAAGAUUGGCAUAAAAUUUAAACACCAACCCCCCCCCCC